ACUUGCUAAAAUAAAGGUUGAAAGAAAAUCCAGCAGGUGGCGGUAAUGACCCUAGAUGCUGCUGUAGACGCUUUAUUAGCAGCAGCAGAAGAAGAGACGCGCGGCGGAUGUAAGCUAACGCCGUUAGCGUUAGCAUCGCUGUGUUUGUGCUGGUUGGGAGGCGGUGUUGGGUGUGAGGUGAGUGUGGAGGCUCUGCAGCAACAUGUCUUCAGCUCGGGCUCUCAGAGAGUUUAUCAGCGAGCGGCUAACUGCUGCUGCUGGAGAAAUAUUCUCCGAGUUUGAAAGAACCAUCGUCCGCUACGAGGAGGAGAUCGAUCGGCCGUUUUUGUUAGACAUUUAUUUACCAAUACGAUCUUAAGAGUCUUCGUUCCUGUCCAAGUCGAGCUGUAAACCUCCGAUCAACUCACACAGAAUAGAACCAGCACAGGGUUGUCACAGAACGGAGGAGGUUCUGACUGGCCAGCAUAGAGGACACCAGGAGAUAAGACUAGAACAUUAUUGAUCCUCCUUGGGGAAGUUGGCUUGCCACAUCUGUGGCUUCAGUUAAAAGCAGUGAAAACAGAUAAAAAAGUAGAUUAAACAUAAAGUGUAAAUUCCAGAAAAUGUGAACAUCCAGCUGAAAAAGAAUUACACAGGGAAGGGAAGUGGCUUCUUGUGUAAAUGAAGGGUUUUGGGUAAAUCAGGCGUAGAGAAGGAAGGACAGGAAAUCCAGUUUGGACCAGGAACAACCAGAACCUCUACAGAUGAAAAAGGACCAGCAGGAACACAAACUUCAACCAGAAGAACCAGAAGUUAGACUGAUGUUACGGGAGCGGGAGGAACCAGAACCUCAGAAAACUAAAGAGGAACAAGGGGAACCCAAGAUUCAAGGUGACGAGCAGCUUGUACUAAAGCAGGAGACUGGGAUCUCCGUGGUGACUCCUGCAUAUGAGGAGACCUCCCUAGGUGACCCAGAACUGAAGACUGAACAAAUCCCCUCCCCUAACCAGGAGCAGGAAGGAAGCAGGAAUGAAGACUCAGGAUUAAGAAAAGAUGAAGAGCUGAGACGAAAUCAGAGAUUUUUACUAACCAGAGAUGAUGCAGAUGGUCCAGAACUAAAAACAGGCCCGAAUGUCACAGAACUUCCACAGCGCUGUGUCUGGAAGGAGGUUCUGUCGGACCAGCUGCUCUGUAACGAGGACAGGAACUUCAGUUUGGACCAGAAAAAACGAGAACCUCCACAGAUUAAGGAGGAAGGGGAGGAACACUGCAUCAGUAGUGAUGGACAGCAGCUGGUUUGGAAGCAGGAGACUGAAACCUGUAUGGUGACCCCCAAUGUUGGGAAAAGUCACCACUGUGAACAAAAACCACACUGGGACCAACUCCUCUUCAAGAACUCUCCAGAAGCUGAGAACCAAGAUGAGAAAGAAAGCUGGACUGAAGAACCAAGACCAGACAGAGAAGAAGUCCAAAAACAAAAUCCUCAAAUCAAAGAUCCCAGAGACGAUGCAGAUGGUCCAAAAUUGAGAAGGCCCAACAAAGCUCUGGCAGAUGAGAAGCCGGUGUCAUGUCAGACAUGUGGGAAAAGUUUUAGUCAGAAAGGUAGUUUAAGUUAUCACAUGAGAACUCACACAGGUGAGAAACCGUACGCGUGUGACAUGUGUGGUAAGUGUUUCUUUUAUAGCUGCCACUUGACUCAACACAUGAGAACUCACACCGGAGAGAAGCCCUUCUCCUGCCACAUCUGUGGGAAGAGUUACAAUUACAGAAACGUUUUGAUUACCCACCUGAGAACUCACACAGGUGAGAAGCCGUAUCCAUGUACGUUUUGUGGAAAAUGUUUCCAUCAAAGCGGUUCGCUAACGCAUCACAUGAGAAUUCAUACAGGUGAGAAGCCUUUCUCGUGUCUAACCUGUGGGAGAAGCUUUACUUAUAAAAAUGUUUUGGUUAAACACAUUAAAACUCACACAGGUGAGAAGCCUUUCUCGUGUCACACCUGUGGAAAAAGCUUCAUUCAGAAAGUGCAUCUAAGAUCUCACCUGAGAACUCACGAGUGAGACGCGGGAACCUUAACGUGCUCAAUUAUUACUGAUUCUGAUGGGUCACUGAUUUUAAUAUGCAGGCUGAACAUGAAGAUAGUCUCCUACACCGAUCUCCUGCAUAAGUUUCUGAUAGAAAAUAGACGGUGAAACUCUAGGAUUAGAAAAUCCUGACAGAUCUACGUCACCCUGUCACUUAACAGUCGUGGAGUCACCCAUCUGGACUCAUGGCAGGGAAGGCUGAGACAACGACUCACAAGGCAUCCAUUCCUAAUAAAGACCACUGCAGAUGUAUUAAACAUAUUUGACCUUUAAAACUCGGUUCAGGGGUUAUUCCAGAAAGCGAGUUUAGAACAUCGGGACUUUCCUGAUAGAUCCCUGCUUGACAAAGCACUCCCCAUCCCUCCAAGCAUGAACGAUUUUUAGGUAGAUUCAGUCCCCUAUAAUUCAAGCGGGGCUCAUGCGCGUCCGUAGGCAGCCCCGUCAAUCGUUGAUGGAUGAAUGAGAGUGGAAGGAAAGGACAGAGCCUCGUUCUUCUUCCAGAGGACUACAAAGAUAUCAAAACUAAAUGAGAGACCACUAGUUGUUUGAUUAAAGCUGUGUAGCUGAAGCUAUUUAGUUAGAACACUCAGAGUUUACAUGUUCCCAUGGCAACGCUGGGAGUCUGCUUCAGCUCUGUUUCUCCAUGUUUUAUUCAAGUUUUCAUCGUUUACGUGUCGUUUUCAUGUUUGGAUCCAGAAUCUGGGUGUUCAGACUGGAGGACUGUUUUUGCUGAGCAGCUCCGAGUUUCAUGAUUAAACUUUUGUGGUGGUCACAUGACCCUAAAGUUAAUGCAGUAAAUCGUCUGUCACAAAUAUUCAGCUCUCAUAUGUCACACCAAGGUAAAAACAUCACGGAUGUCAUUUAGAACAAAUAUUACCGUGUUUGCCGCGUAUGACCAGAGUACAAGCUGUUAAAAUUAAUAGUUGCAUCAGUAAAGUGUUUCCUUUUACAUUUGUAGUAUGUUAGCAGCUGUAAGGUACUUGAAAGCUAUUUUAACAUAUUCACUACGAGAACAGCAUGGUAAUGAUAUGGGUCCAUCCCAGACAAAAGCUGAUAUAUAAUUAUACUUUCUUUUAUGUUCUAUUGACAAUUUAAAUAAAAGUUACCACUUACAAAGUUACAUAAAUGGCAAGCCAAGUCAACGCUUUGCUAAUCAUUUGAAAUUUUAAAAUCUCUUUGCUGAGUUGAAACAAAGGAGGCCUCCCUUCUCUUCACGAGCGCUGACUCGUGCCAUUCCAGCUCGUCUAAAACUGUUAAAGCUGUCAUAUUGUCUUGGUUGUAAAAGUGAAAGCUUGCGUGCUAUUUUUAUUGUUGUUUGUCUUUAUUUGUGUUCAUGCUUGUGGUAACCUGGGUCGGGGAUGCUUACGUUAACCGAAAAGCGGCACCACACAGCUACACCAGCUGACGCCAUUACACAACCCCACUUCCCCCCAAAACCCUCAGUAUGUAGGUGCAGCUUCAAAUUGGAAGUAGGCACCGGCACUCGGGUGAGGCUGAGAGAUCCCCCCCAGGUGCCAUUGUGUGUGCUCAUCCCCAAGGUCCUACGUUUGCUUUUGUGUGGAAUAUCAUUGGUAGAGGGGUUUAAUGUGCUAUUUAAAAUUGGGGAGCAGUCCACCACAGGACUGCGGAAAUGGUAACUAUACCCACACCCCAUGACUUACCCACACCCCAAGGCCCUGAGCUGGUUGAAAUAAUAUUUAUUUGUUCGAUAGGUCAGUGUCUGGGAGUUUUGGUGACUUUUGUUCCAAGGAGCCCUCCUUAACUCAUUCACUGCCAUUGACGACUAAAGUCUUCUUUUGCAUGUUUUUACUGUGUGGGCAUCGGAACGAGCCCCCGCACCGUGAGAACAAACUCUCAUAAUGGUCUUUAUAUUGGUGUGAGUCAAGAUUGUCUCUCAAGACUGCAGUUGGUGCAGAAUGCAUUUAUUUAGUCUGGCCACGCUCCACUGACAGCUCUCGGUUGUGGGGCGGGUUCUGCCGUUGUCUUUCAAAUGAUCUCCGCAUUCCACUGGACAAUGAAUGUGACAUACUCUUGUUUCACUCUGUUGCAUCAUCCCACCCACCAGGCAUAUAGAGUGCCCUGAUUGGCCCACAAAGCGGAUAAAGCUCUGUGAUUUGUUCUCUAAGCAGAUAGAGCACUAUGAUUGGCCCACCAUUAUGGACCAAUCACAGCUAUUAAUGUGUUUGAAACCCCUCUAGAGAGCUGUGAUUGGCUAGCCAGAAUGCUGGUAGGAGCUGCUGAGGUUCCAGUGGAGCGUUCCUAGAGCAAACUUUGCAAAGCAAGAAUUUGGUCUAGUUCACUAGGCUUGAAUGCUGCAGCAUGUUUGCUAACAGGCACCUGUAGAUGUGAUGACAUCACCCUGUGCUAGCGUCUACACUGGAUUCCAGCUGUUUCUAUUAUUUGUUUUAAGAAUCUCAUGCUGACAUAAAUCUUUAUAUGGGCUGGAACCAUCAUAACUCUCAGACACACUCCUGCCGUACGAUCCACCAUUCCUACUGAGGUCGGCUGACCAGCGGCAGUUGGUUCCGAGGGCGAGGCUGAGGUGGCGAGGCGAUAGGUCUUUUUCUGUGGCUGCUUUGGAAACUGCCGGCCAACAAUAUCAGCAGAGUCCCAUUCCUGCAUUUGAUCAAGUUCCAGACCACAUAAGACACCCAGGUGAAGUUGGGUUCUCCCCAUCCCAGAUAUCCGCCUGCCCUGUGAUGGAACAGAAGUGUUAAUGCUAGUUCAGGAGGAACCAAGGCCCCCAGGCCAGGGCCAGGCGCCGCCAUAUACCCCCACCCUCUUGCCAGCAGCAUACAAGCCAGAAUCCAAUCCCCCAGGCCCAGCCCAGAUCCCCAUCCAAGGAUGACCGCCCCAACACCCCAGAGGGAAGGUGUUAAAAUAAAACUUGUUACUGUUUGUUGUGUAAAGGGCCCGACUUUUCUCAAGUGUUAAAAACAACUUUUUGACUGUACUGCCCCUCUUCCUUUCACGUAGUUAGUAGUUUUCCCAUGGUGUGAUGGAACUGAUCAAAGGAGUCCAGUGAGAUUGAACUGGGUUCCUUAUAUAGGAAACAUUAUUUCUGAUUGGCUUAAUGAACUGACCUGUAUUGGAAUGUUUAUUAUGUGAAGUGCCUUGAGACGACUCUUGUCGUGAUUUGGCGCUUUAUAAAUAAAGUUGAACUGAAUUAAAAGUUAAGUGUGACAACA